AUGGAUGCCCAGUCUUGGUGGUCUCACAGGUUUGGUGUAUGCCCAGUCUUGGUGGUCUCACACGUUCGGUGUAUGCCCAGUCUUGGUGGUCUCACACGUUCGGUGUAUUCCCAGUCUUGGUGGUCUCACACGUUCGGUGUAUGCCCAGUCUUGGUGGUGGUCUCACAUGUCCAGUGUAUGCCCAGCCCUGGUGGUGGUCUCACAGGUUUGGUGUAUGCCCAGUCUUGGUGGUGGUCUCACAGGUUAGGUGUAUGCCCAGUCUUGGUGGUGGUCUCACAGGUUUGGUGUAUGCCCAGCCCUGGUGGUGGUCUCACAGGUUCGGUGUAUGCCCAGUCCUGGUGGUGGUCUCACAGGUUCGGUGUAUGCCCAGUCUUGAUGAUAUCACAGGUUCGGUGUAUGCCCAGUCCUGGUGGUGGUCUCACAGGUUCGGUGUAUGCCCAGUCCUGGUGGUGGUCUCACAGGUUCGGUGUAUGCCCAGUCCUGGUGGUGGUCUCACAGUUUCGGUGUAUGCCCAGUCCUGGUGGUGGUCUCACAGGUUCGGUGUAUGCCCAGUCCUGGUGGUGGUCUCACAGGUUUGGUGUAUGCCCAGUCUUGAUGAUAUCACAGGUUUGGUGUAUGCCCAGCCCUGGUGGUGGUCUCACAGGUUCGGUGUAUGCCCAGCCCUGGUGGUGGUCUCACAGUUUCGGUGUAUGCCCAGUCUUGGUGGUCUCACAGGUUCUGUGUAUGCCCAGUCUUGAUAUCACAGGUUCGGUGUAUGCCCAGUCCUGGUGGUGGUCUCACAGGUUCGGUGUAUGCCCAGUCCUGGUGGUGGUCUCACAGGUUCGGUGUAUGCCCAGUCCUGGUGGUGGUCUCACAGGUUCGGUGUAUGCCCAGUCCUGGUGGUCGUCUCACAGGUUCGGUGUAUGCCCAGUCCUGGUGGUGGUCUCACAGGUUCGGUGUAUGCCCAGUCCUGGUGGUGGUCUCACAGGUUCGGUGUAUGCCCAGUCCUGGUGGUGGUCUCACAGGUUCGGUGUAUGCCCAGUCCUGGUGGUGGUCUCACAGGUUCGGUGUAUGCCUAGUCCUGGUGGUGGUCUCACAGGUUCGGUGUAUGCCCAGUCCUGGUGGUGGUCUCACAGGUUCGGUGUAUGCCCAGUCCUGGUGGUGGUCUCACAGGUUCGGUGUAUGCCUAGUCCUGGUGGUGGUCUCACAGGUUCGGUGUAUGCCUAG